AUGAAUAAUGAUUUUUAUUGCUACUCAGUUAUAGGCGUGGCUUCAGUAUUUUUCAUCAUUCUCUUGGUCAUAGUGGUGUGGUGUGCAAUCUACUGCAAAAGGAAAGCAAAAAGAAAAAUAAAAAGAGAUCAAGUUGAAAUUUCAAGAUUGGGGAGAAAGUCUGAUGAAGAAAAAUCAAGAAUCGUUCUAGUUCAGUUUUCUAAUUAUACUGUUAAAAAUCUCAUCCUAAACAACUGCGCCAAGCUGAAAAAAUCCUUGAAUUUUAAUAAAGUCAUCAUCAACCAUGACCUUUCAAGGGAAGAUAGAAUAAGUAACAGGAAGAUUUUGGAAGAGAAAAAAAAAAGAAAGUACAUAAUAGUUAAACUAUGUGUUUCCAAUAGAGUUUUAAAUAUUUUCUUUGUUUAUAGAAGUCCAAACUUUAAUGUUGGAAAUAAUGAUCUUUUGCUGAAGUUGAUAAAUGAUGUGCUGGCAUUACCUGGUGAAACCCUAUUGUUUGGGGACUUUAAUUUUCCUGACAUUAACUGGGACACGUCCAGUUUUGAAGGUAAUGAUGAGAGGGUUGAAAACAGAUUUUUGAAUCUUCUUAAAGAUAAAUUUUUAAUACAACACAUCAAUCAUCCAACGAGAUUUAGAGAUGAUCAGACAUCAAGUAACAGUGAUCACUCAAUUUUGGAAUUCAAGGUGACUGGUUUUUGUUGUUCAGCCAUGGAAUGUGAUAAAAAGUAUUGUUUUGAUUUGGGUGAUUAUAUAAAUUUUAGAAAUGUACUGGGGGUCUCCUUGCAGAAUAUUUCAGAAAAUGUUAUUGACCGCCAACUGAACAAUUACAAUGAGGUGAUCGAAUUCGAUCUACUGAACCACGGCCAGCCGCCAGAGCCACAGCCCCAAAAUCAACAGCAGCCUCUUCUGCUAGCAAAUCAACCGCAAAAUGAUGACGACUCUUUGAGCACGAGAUCAAGUGACAGCGGAAUUUCCGACCCUACCCAGGAACCUCUGAUGUUGUUCGAGGACGAGCCGCAGUACGGCAACAUCGGCAGGAGGAUGAACGCGGCAAACAUGGAGAACGACGACAGGAGUAAGAGUGGCAGCGAUCAAACGAUACCAGAUCAGAAUGAACAGGAAUAUCAUGUUUUUGACAUGCUUGAUGAUACCAUCCAAUUGAAUGUAUCACAUCAUUGUAUUGAAUAUAUAAUAUUGAUAUGUUCCCUUAACAACAACAAUGGUACCUGCUUUCUUUUGCUGAAUGUCAACGUUCGAAAUUUUUACAAGCUUCUUGGGCGGUUGAAAAAAGAGACAUCAUUUGACGUUGCUGCUGCUGUUGAUAAACCAUUCUCUGAUCCCCACCUGCUCAGGCCACGAAGCAUCGACGCAGUCUCAUUAAUUUUUACAACGUCAAAGUUCAUCUUGACAAAGUCAAUAUUUCCCUAUAUAUACAGCAAGGAGCACUGA